AUGUCCAGUCGCCUCUCCUUCCUUCUCAUCUUCCUUCUGGGGGCAUACGCCUUUCAGCUCUGCAACGCCUAUAGCCUUUACCUAAUCUACAACGAGGACAGUUGCAAGGAGUGGCACCCUUUCGUCGUGGGUCUCAUCAUGGCCUUCGUGGCUGCCGGAAACCUUUUCACAACUCUGUACGUCGUGCGUCAAAAGUGCACUCGCCUCAGUCCCGUGAAACGCAAACAUCUGAGCAAGAAAUACAGUAUGAAAUACGUGCACGCCUCGGACCUGCUGAGUGAUCGCAGUGAGGACGUACCGACGCGAAAGAUGCAUUAG